UAAGACUACAAAAUUAUAGUCUCAACCAAAAACCUCACUAUACACACACUCUUCUUUCUUUCUAUUUUUUGCUUCUCUCAUUCUCUUUCUUCCUUGUUCUUCAUGUCUGAUGAACAUAGACAACCCUACUUCCAAAACUUUAUGUUAGAUAAUAAUAAUUAUCAUCAAAAAACAGAUCAAGGAUCUAUUAAUAACAUGUUUUGUGAAAAACAAUUUUCUACAAAUCCUAAUUUAGGUUCAUCAUAUGAUUGUUUUGAUCCAUCAUCUUAUAAUAUGAGUUUCACUGAAUGUUUACAAGGAGAAAACAUGGAUCAUCACUACAAUUCAUCUUCACUCGUGAAUAAUUCUCCUUUUGGAGUAUUAUCUCCUUCUUCCUCGGAAGUUUUUUCAUCUGUUGAUCAAGGGAAUAAUCAAAAGCCGGACAUAGUUGGUGGUGAAACCCUUCUUAACUCGUCUAUCUCUAAUUCAUCAUCUUCUGAAGCCGGAGGAGGAGGAGGAGGAGGAGCAGAAGAAGAAGAUUCCGGCAAGAAAAAGAAAAACAUUGGACAAGUUAAAGAAGAACCAGGACAAGAAACCACUAAAAAUGGGAACAACAAGGUGGAGAAGAAGAAAGGAGAGAAGAAACAAAAGGAACCAAGAUUUGCUUUCAUGACAAAGAGUGAAGUUGAUCAACUUGAAGAUGGUUAUAGAUGGAGAAAAUAUGGACAAAAAGCUGUCAAAAAUAGUCCAUACCCUAGGAGCUAUUACAGGUGUACAACACAAAAAUGUACAGUGAAAAAACGCGUAGAAAGAUCAUAUGAAGACCCAACAACUGUGAUAACAACAUAUGAAGGUCAGCAUAAUCAUCCUGUCCCCACUUCACUUAGAGGCAAUGCGGCUUCAAUGUUCACACCUUCUCAUUUGCUAUCAACACCCACCCCUUUUACAUCAACCGGGUCAAACUAUAAUUUUCCUCAAGAACUUCUUCUCCACAUGCACCAUCACAACAACAAUAAUCAAUCAACAACAUAUGCUACUAGUAAUGCUUCUUCCAUUUAUUCUUCAUCACAACACAAUAAUAUUAACAACUCUCUUUUUCAACAAUAUCAACAACAAGUACUUCCUAAUCAUGAUCAAUUUGGACUUCUUCAAGAUAUUGUACCUUCCAUGUUCCUUAAUAGGUCCAACCAUAACUAAUUAAUCCAUAUCCAUCUAUAUAUAUAUAUUUUAUGCACUCUCUCUAUAUUUGUACAUAUAGUUAUAUAGUUAGUUAAUUAUGAAUACUUACUUAAUUACUAUGACUUCUUCUAUAGCUAGCUAUAGGAUGAAAUAUGGUAGUAAUUGGUAAGUGGGAAGUUUUAUUUAUUUUAAGGAAAAAUUACUUAGUACUUAUGUAUUAUUUAAUCCUAGGGAGAGGUUAUUAGAAGAGAAGAAUAUGUAUUUUUAUGCAUAUAUGCAUGCAGCUUUGGCAGCCCAUUUAGUUGGGAUUUUCAUGCUAUAUAUGUGGACUAGUACUACUACUGAGUAUGUAAUGUAACAUCCAUCCAUGACAUUAUUGAGAUGUUUUAAUUAAUCAAUUACUUUAUAUAUGGAUUAGACAGAUGAAGAAAAAUGUUAUAGUAUUCAAUUUUGUUUUGAUUUUAUUUAAA